GUACUAUGUCCGCAGUCUCUGGUCAUCUCUUGUACUAUGUCUGCAGUCUCUGGUCAUCUCCUGUACUGUGUCCGCAGUCUUUGGUCAUCCCUUGUACUGUCCGUAGUCUCUGGUCAUCUCAUGUACUAUGUCUGCAGUCUCUGGUCAUCUCAUGUACUAUGUCCGCAGUCUUUGGUCAUCCCCUGCACUAUGUCCGCAGUCUCUGGUCAUCUCCUGUAUUAUGUCUGCAGUCUCUGGUCAUCUCCUGUACUGUGUCUGCAGUCUCUGGUCAUCUCCUGUACUGUGUCCGCAGUCUCUGGUCAUCUCAUGUACUAUGUCCGCAGUCUCUGGUCAUCUCCUGUACUGUGUCAGCAGUCUCUGGUCAUCUCCUGUACUAUGUCCGCAGUCUCUGGUCAUCUCAUGUACUGUGUCAGCAGUCUCUGGUCAUCUCAUGUACUGUGUCCGCAGUCUCUGGUCAUCUC